AAGCUGUUUGGGAAGCAGUUCUGCCAACGCAGUCACAAAUGUUAAAUGCUUAAGCCAUUAACAUAAUAAGUCACCAAAAUGGCAGCAGAGUAAAUAUAAAUAUUGUUGUUGUUAUUCUAGUUAUCGUGUUAUUGAAUGUACGUUUAUGACUUUUUUGUGUUUGUUUUAAUGUGAAUAAUAACAAAUUUCUUGUAAAAUGUGCCUUAGGACCACAAUAUCAGCAUUAACCCUUUUUUUUGUUAUCUUUUUGACCGCUAUUCAAAAAGGUAACGCGGUACGUUGUUACCAGUGCGGUUCUGCCCAGGACCCAAAAGGCCAGGAUAAUUGUGGAGCUUAUAGAAAAUUCGACAAGACACAACACAUAGCUGUAGAAUGUAAUACUGAAGAAAGCCAUGCACCAGGUUCAUUCUGCAUGAAAGUAACGCAACAAAGUCCGAAGGGUUUCAUUUGGGACGGUAGAUGGCGUCAGGUAAUUCGUAGAUGUGCGUCUGUAGCUGAUACGGGUGUCACGGGGGUGUGCAAUUGGGGUGUCUAUGAAAAUGGUGUCUAUUGGGAAGAAUGUUACUGUUCUGAAGAUGAAUGUAACUCGUCAAAUGUUACAAAGACUUCCGUUGUGAUGUUUUUUGUUAGUUUAGGAACAAUUUUAUGGUCGUACAGAAUUUUUUGAAUAAUGUACGUUAUUUGAAUGAUAAUUAACACCAUUAGUACAAAAAUUUGUUGAUUCGAUGCUACUUCAAUUGCUGUUAAGCGUAUCUAUUUACAACGACUAGAUUUUCAAAUGUAUUAUUGUCAAAAUGGCUGCUUACUAUUUGAAUCUCUUUUAUUUUAAGUAAUCAAGCUGUUAAGUAUUUUUUACUAUGUAUGUAUUUAAUUUAUAUUGAUACCGUCCAUAUUCGUUAUAGACUUUACCACUUUUUAUAUUCGAGUAGUAGUUAUAAUAAUUUUAUAUAAAUGAUAUUUUAAAGCAACACCAGCAGUUUGUUUUACAUAAUAAGCAUUUACAAUGGCUGUUUGACAUUUGAAUAUAAAAGAUGGCAACCUAACGUUUGAAUACAUGGCGUUCAUCCGCCAUGUUCGCGCCAUGUUUGUUAUUGUGAAAAUAUUAAAACAAAAUGGAAAAUACACACAUUUAUUCAGUUUUCAUUAAAUACAUAAACAACAAUUAAACUAAUAUACAAUAUAUUUCGUAUAUAUGCUAAAAAAAUGCAACAGUUCUUACAGCUUUUUAGUGGUAACCAAAACAAACGUGUAUUGUCAUACAUUGACUAUUUUGGUUUGGAUAUUUAUAGGAGAAUAUCACAUAAGGCUUUUAUAAUUUAUCUAUUUUUGUAUAAUACAUUAAUAUCGAUCUAUUUUAAUUAUGUUGACAUCUUUCUAAGAAGAAUUUUAUAGCACCAAAACUAUUAGAAAAUAAACAAGGCGGUCUACAAUAUACAAACUAUACAAUUGGAAUAAUUAGACAAAAUAGUUGUUUAAAUUAUGGACCUUAUUUACCUACAGUUAAAAUAAUAAUAUAAAAGAGGUGUAUAUAAUAUUUUGAUAGAAAACUAUCCGAUAUUUGAUUAAACAAUAACAACAAUUUAACGCUAUCGUACAUCAACAUUUAUUAGGUAUAAUAUCUAACAACAAUGUACAAUAAGUAUAUAAAUAGUAACUAAUUAUCCUUUUUGUGUACCUAAAAGCGAUAUUUAAUUACCUGUUUCCAUAUUUCGAGAUGUUAUUUUGAUAAGGGCAGGUACGAACUUGUAAAUAAAAAAAUAAAGUCUU